UUCUAGAUAGCCGUCCGCUCCACUCCGCUGUGCUCUGCUCUGCUCUACGACAGCCCCAGCUCCUACUCUCUCACUCAGCGACAAUAGAGGGGGCAGAGAGACCGGCCGCUCGCGAUACAACGGGACAGAAAGAGAAAGAGAAGGGGGGAGAGAAAAAGACAAGAGAAGAAGAAGAAGAAGAAGAGGAGGAGGAGGAGGAAUACACAGAGGGAAGAGAGAGGGAACAGGGAGAAGGCAAUUCAAUACUGCUCUACUCACCAGCAGUUCCACCAGCUCCGUGGCAACCAUGAUGUCCGCAGCGCCCCCCAAGAGGAUGGUGUCGUCCGUCUUCAUCACGCUCGCCUCGCCGUACCGCGCCACCGUCACCCCAAACCCCUCCCACAUCCACAGCACCAAGGCAACCGACGCCGUAAGCUCCGCCCAGCCCCUGGGAGCUAGCGAGCCGCAGCUGGCCCAGCGUAGGCGCUCCUCGGCCGCGUCGCAGGAUGGACAGAACGUCACGUCACGCGUGUCAUCCGUGUCACCCUCCCCGACGGCGACCCCUGACCUCGUCCCAGCGUCCCCCUCACCUGUGGGGAGGGGCAGCAGAGUCUCCAGUGGAGUCUCCAGCAGAGCGGAGAGCCCCAGGGUGGAACCAGCACAGCCCGAACCCACCACAGAAGAGCUGUUUCCCCCUCCUCCUCCCGAAGCUCCCCUGGAGAUUUUGGAGGAGUGUGAGGUGCCCCCUCCGCCUCCUCCCUCCACCCAGAGCUCCCCACCACCCCCUUCAGCAGCAGCAGCAGCAGCAGGAGCAGCAGCAGACGCAGAGAUCCCAGAGCCCAGCCUCCCUCCUCCUCCUCCUCCUCCUCCUGCACCCCCUGCUGUGGACGUCUCCCAGCCCCAGACCUCUCCACCCUCCACAACACAUGAGGCAGGCGUUCCCUCUGUGGGAGGACCUGGGCAGAGCAGCCCCUCUGCUGGAGGAGAGGGCAACCAGCAGCUCCAGACCAGAGCAGACAACACCAAGGACAACCCGGCACCAGAGAGCAAAGACCUGUGUGGUUUUUGCCGUAAAUCUGUGGCUCUGACGGAGCCGGCCAUCGAAGCACUGAACAGGACGUACCAUGCGGCCUGCUUCCAGUGUCGCCAGUGUCACAUUCCCCUGGCGGGAAAACUCUACUACAACAAGGCCGGAAUACCACUCUGUGAGGACUGUUACCAGGCUAGUCUGGAGCCCUGCUGGGCUUGUGGUGAGGUCAUCAAGGACCAUGUGAUCCGUGCCUUGGAGAGAGCCUAUCACCCACCCUGCUUCGUAUGCACAACAUGCCGACAGCCAAUCGGAGAGCAGAGAUUUGCACAGGGGGAGGUCGGGGAGGUUUACUGCCUUCAAGACUACUACAGGAAGUAUGCGCCGCAGUGCAGUGCCUGUGACAUGCUGAUUAUCCCCCGAGAAGAUGGCACAGACAGCUACACCGUCGAGUGCCUGGGGCGCUCCUUCCACGAAGACUGCUACCGCUGUGAGGUGUGUAGAGUGGUCCUGUCCCCGGACCCCAAUGAGCAGGGCUGUCAUCCUUUGGACGGCCAGAUCCUGUGCAAGCCCUGUCACCUGACACUUGUGCAGCAAACGCAGCAGUAGGAGAACCAGGCCCACCACCAUACCAGCAACAGAACCAGGCCCACUACCACACACCAGGAACAGAACCAGGCCCACUGCCACACCAGGAACAG